AUGGUCCAUCACGCUGCCAGAAAUCAAAGCGCUGUGCCGAGGGGGGGCCUGGUGCUCAGAGCCCAGAGGGGUGGCAAUCCUCAGGUCGCAGACCGGGUAGUGUCCUCCCUGCCCUACCUUAUCCCCCUGUUUGAUGGCCUGCGAUAUGGCAAGUUCAUCUUCGUGCAGUACCCUGCAGUCCAGUACGUGCUGGCGCCGCUGCAGCCCCUCAUCAGCCUCUACUUUGGGUUCCCCUUUGCGAGCCUGGUGGUCUUCUUUGGGGUGUAUGCCGGCAUUAUCAACAACCAAUCGUUCAGCCGAUUCGUGAGGUUGAAUGCGCUGCAAGCGGUCCUGCUGUCGGUCAUCCUGAUCCUGCCUGGCCUGCUGGAAAGCGUGUUCCUGCAGAGCCCUCCCCGGGGCACUGCCCUGCAAAUCUACAUCCAGCUCAGCAACGCCAUCUGGCUCUUCACCUCUGUCUGCGUCGCCUAUGGCAUUGGCGCGAGCCUGGCUGGACGCGUCGCGCAGCUGCCUUUCGUCAGCAGUGCGGCAGAGGCACAGGUCCGCUGA